GCAGGCAAAAUUCUGUUUAGUUCAGCAUUUUCUUCUUCUGAUCAAGCUCUAGGGUUGUGAAAAUGGCCAGCCAAUCGAUGAUCAACGAAAGUGCUGAUGAUGGCUUACCGGGUGAGUUUUGGAAUGAGUUUCUGGACGAAGUCGACGGAGUGGACGAGGAUCUGCUCCAGCAACGGCAUGCCGAAAUGUUGGCACGCGAAGCCGAACACAUCCGGCGCAUCAACGCCGCCUGGAACACCGGCCUGCAGAGUAGCUCCGCCACCGUGCAGACCCAACCGACUGCCACAGUGCCUGCUCGUAUGCCCAGCCUGGCACCCAACCUGUCUCCUCCCACACUGGAGUCUACGCCCAGCUCGCGCCGGAUCUCAUCAUCAUCAGCAUCAUCUUCUGUACCAAGCCAGCUCCGACCGAUCACGGUCACGGAAGCAGCACAGACAGUGAAGGAACCGGAAAAACUCCCGAACGAGACAAACGGAAACCAAGCUACUAUUGCUCGUUCCUCUAGCAACAAAAAGCGACCGACGCGUGAUGAAGAUGAUGAUAGCGGUGAGGAAACGGAGAUCCGAGAAUCGGACAAACGGGACCGGCGUCGUUCACGGUAUCACUCACGGAGCCGAUCGCCAAGCGUUGAAUCUCGGCGACGCCGGCAUCGUUCCCGUUCUCGACGGCGAUCUCGUUCCCGUUCCCGCUCCCGGCGUUAUCGCUCUCGUUCGCGAAGUCGCCGCCGCAGCCGUACACGAUCGCGAUCACGCUCCGGAUCGCGAGAUUCGCACGGUCGUACCCGGAACCGUAGUGACGCCGACCGAUCGACCGGGCCGCCCGGUGCCGAGCUUGGCAUGAUGCAGACCAUGAUGACCAUGAUGAUGCAGAUGAUCGACAAAUCAUCGAACCAAACGGCAACGGCAAGUGUUUCGAUACCGGAAGCAUUGUCGAACCUUCGUAAAUCAGCGGCCUCAUCCACCCCAGAACCGACUUUCAACAGAGGUGGAAAGGGAGCUGAAAGAACCUCCAGGCAGACUUUUAGUUCAACAGAAACACAAUCGGUGACCCCGGCAUACGAUGUUGGAACUGAGUUGUUCCUCAAAGGAGACAUCAAUUUCGGCGAAUACCUGGCCUUGAAACCUUCGUCCCGGGAGAAUAGUAUGGUAACACCGAAUCCGCAUGUUACCAGUUGCAUCAAUGAAGCCAUCUCGAUCCUCGGUCGCACGGAGACGAAGGAACAAACCGGAAAAUUCCUCUAUGUGCCACCCACUUAUAAUAGUGAAAUCACCAAAAAGGAUAACCGUUCGCCGCUCAUCUGGAACACGUACAACGUGCUGUUCCGCUUCUCAUCCAACCAGCGGGAGGUGGACUUGUGCGAACCCUUUCCCAAUGUGAACACGAAGCUGAAAUCGAUCAUCGCGGAUCUCGGUCUAGACGAAGGCAUCAUCGCUCAUCAGCUGGAACAAAGCGUGAAGGCGGCCAAGGCACGGGCGGUAUUAGAAGACUCUUCGUCCCAUAUCCAGGCCAUUAUUGCACCCGCGGGCGAUCAGCCGGGCCUGGGUCCAAGGGGGCGCCGGCAUAUGAUCGAACGAGCAGUUCAAACGUCCGGAUACGCUUGCGGCGAAUGUGUUGAGCGAUCGAAACGUACCUACGUAUCGACAGGUAUGCAAACCAAGACAAACAUCGUACGGCAGGCGGAUGCCGUCGUACAAACCAGCAACUUCAAUAGGGAGGAGGAGACACGCGGUCCAAGCAUCAUGCUUACCAAUAUGACCCCGAACCAGAUUGAGCUGGUCGAAACGAUCGUCAACUACAUUCGCCAGCGACAGAUUACGGGUUCGGUCGAGAGUGUGAGCAAUGCUCUUCGGCGCGAUUCUACAGCACCAGUGGCGAUGGGCAGGGAACUGUACGAUUCGAUUCAACUAACACUAGGACAAGCUGCUGGGCUCGCAAACAGAGCAGCGAACAUGAACGGCCAAAACAUGAUGCCUCAACCAGCGGCACCAGCGCCACCGCCACCACCAUCCGUAGUGCUACCAAUGCAAGCGCCCAAACCAAAUGAUCCACGUUUAGGGGCACGCGGUGGCAAUUACCGCGGCUUUCAGGGCAGCAGGCAAAUGCCACAGGUUAACCUAGUUCCGGCUGGAUUUCUCUACGAUGGCCCGAAGAAAAAUAAGAAGAGAAAAUAGAUUGCAAGUGCCAUUCAUCAACAUUUUUUACCACCUCUCAUCAUUGUUUCGGAAGUAAUGAACUAAGCAAUCGCAGAAUAAAUGAACUUUUUGUAUGAAA